UCAAACAUCAGUCUGUGGCAGUUUUUUAAUAUUGUUUGCUGGUUUUUGUUAGAAGGAAAAUAAACUUUGUUUUAUACGAUGGCUCAGGUAAAAAGCUCCCCUCUGGUUUUAUUCGUUGCCUUGUUAAUGAUGGCGAGCUGCUGCAGCACUGAAGAUUCAACAAACUGUGGCGAAACGUAUGGACUUUGCAAACAGGAAAAGUUGGAUUUCUUGAGCAACUCCACCAACCUCAACAUCACUAACUUUGCUUAUGGGCUGACUGCAAACAUGGCCGCCGUGGUGUUGUAUGGGAGCACCUUUGUUCCAGUUAAAAGAAUAGAAACAGGGGAUGGUAUGUUCUAUCACUGGGUCAGCUGUGCAUCAAUUUGGGUUGUUGCUGUGCUCGGAGACUUCGUGCUCCAGUCGCCCAAGUUCCACCCCCUUGCGAUGCUUGGAGGAGCCAUCUGGGCCACAGGAAGUGUAACCGUCGUUACCAUAGUGAAGGCGAUCGGCCUCGGUCUUGGGAUUUUAAUUUGGGGGUCUUCCAGUUUGCUGAUGGGCUGGGCCAGUUCCAGAUUUGGCUGGUUUGGGAUUGACCCUCAGGAAGUUUCCAACCCAAUAUUAAAUUAUUGUGGAGCUGCCUUGUGUCUGGUCAGUGGCCUGAUCUUUUUCUUUGUGAAAAGCGACGUGAGUCUUCGUCCACAGUCGGAGACGGUUCCUUUACUUAUCGACAGAAGAACCAUUUCAGGAAGUUAUGGACGACAUUCCUCUGAAUACUGGAUCGAUGCCGUCAGUCCGAGGAACAGGCGGAUCAUCGGGUGCCUUCUUUCUGUCGUGUCCGGCCUGCUGUACGGAGCUUCCUUUGUGCCCAUUCUCUACAUAAAGAACCAUUCAUCGUGCCCUGACAGCAGGUUUUACAAAGCCAGCGUGUACGAUCUUGACUACGUCCUGGCACAGACGUCAGGUGUUUUCGUUGCGAGCACGUUUUAUUUUACCAUCUACUGUGCAGCCAUGAAAAGCAGACCCAGGGUUUACUCGAGAGCAAUCCUCCCAGGGUUUCUGUCUGGCCUGAUGUGGACCGUUGGAACGUACUGUUGGUUCAUGGCCAAUAAUUACUUGACUUCCGUCAUCACCUUUCCUGUUGUCACCGCAGGUUACGGUCUGGUUGCAGCCCUGUGGGGAUCCUUGGUGUUUAAAGAAAUUAAGGGCACAGUGAACUGCGCCAUCUUCUUCCUGGCGUCAUGCGUGGUGCUGACUGGCUCUUUGCUCACCGUCUUUUCAAAGUUCUGAGUGAGCAGAACACGAUGCAGAACGAAUGGAUUUGUCCAGAAACUGUUAAAUUCCUUCAUUAAAGUAAUGCCAUGUUUUAAUAAAAUAAAUAAAACUUGUAUCCUUUUUAGAUGAAAGGCAAAAUGGAGGGCACUUGAUGUAUUAAAAAAAAUCUUUGGCAUUAAUAAAAAAAUAUAUUUAUUGAAAA